AUGUUGUGGUUCAGACGCGCACAAGUGGUCUUCGUCCUCGUUGGGGUACUCGUCCCCACGCUCUGCUGCGAUUGGCUAAAACGAUACACGGACUUGAGUGACAGGUGUCUGUCUCUACUACGGGACUUGGGUGGUCCCAUCACGAACAAGGAGUUUCCGCUUCCGUUCCCAAGAAAACUUUACCAGCAGGUGAAGAAAUCUAAGGCGGCGUGCAAAGUGACGUUUGUACGGAACAAUUUGGGACAUAUUUUGGAUCUAUACGAGCAAGUCAACGUCUCCAAAGUCGGCUGGGAUGCUGAUAACUUGGAAGAGCUGCUCAUCGUCGUUCACAGGCAGAAGGCAGAGCUCAGCGCGUGUAUUUCACCAGCAAAAAUGGAAGGCUGUUUUUCCAAAGAGCUGCGCCACUACUACGGCAGUCUGACCAACGCUACCCUCAAUGGCACAGAGGGCAGCAGCGCGUCGUGGGAGUUGAUCCGGAGCGAAACCAAAAUGCACCUCCAGAAAUUGCACCUGCUCGUGGCCGCGAUGUGACCCGCAGCCCGCGGGGGACGCCGUCUGAACACCU